AUGAGUUCCUGGUGUGCUCUGUUGGAUGGAUCUGCGUUUUUUUUCUUCUUCUUCUUCGUUUUGAUGUUGUGGUGGUACUUACACUGUGUCGAUUUUGCUUGUUUAGCGCCAUUUUGGGUUUGGAAUUCCGGGGGAGAGUUGAGAGCCGUUUCGGUGGUUCUGGCCGGUUUGUUUUCGGCCUUCGAGUGCCUGUGGUUUGAAGCUUCUAGGGUUUUGAGCGAUAACCGUCUCGUUGCAGUGAGUGGUUGGCUGACGCUGAAAUGGGAGCUUGAUACUGUUUGCUUCCUCGUGGGUUUGGUGGUCACUGCUUACCCAUUUUGGUUUGCCUGUGAGUUGGCUGUGUCUUUGGGAGAACGAUUUUCAUUUUCUGCUGUGUGCUUCUGUGAUUGUUUCCUUCAGUCCGUGUCAAUAUUUCUGUUUCUAUUAUUUAGAUUGCUGACGUUUGAUGGGUUCGGAGGCCAAGAAUGGCCAUGA